AUGGCUAUAUCGGGUAUAUUGGAAAUUGCUAUUAUCCAGGAUGUCAAUUAUGCCAUUCGAAGGAACGAAGGCUUAGCCGAUGCUGCGUACUGGGUAGAGGAGGCUGACCGUAACGCGUUUAAGAAGACACCAAGGCAAAUGUUGGAACUUUGUAAUAUAACACCUUUAUUAGAAAAAUCAUCUGAAAGUUUAACUCACGAGAAUACAAUGGAACAAUAUUUUACAAUGUUAGGACAUCUUUUGAUUAUCUUACCAACAAAACAACAAAUAUCAAAGGUUCAUAGAGCUCUUCACUCUUUACUUUUAAAAGCACAAGUAAAAGAUGCUGCUGCUGUAAAACUUGAAUAUUGCCGCAAAUGCAUGGAAAGAUCAAGGUUGCCAAUGACCGUAGCUGAAUUAUUACAAGCUUCUUCCACAGAGAUGUAUCCAAUAAUUUUGGGACUGGUUUUCUUACUUUCAUCUAUCUCAUACAAAUGUUGUUAUAGAAUGAUGGAAGCUAAAGUACUCAAUGUCAUACUCAUCAGAAUGGAUCUUCCUUAUGCAACUGAAAUAUAUUGUACACGGCCACCUGAUUCAUUGAUAGGUGGAAUUGAAUAUGAUGAUGAAACAACUCUUUUAAUAAUGAACAUUCUAUGGAGUUUGAUGAAAUCUAUUACAUUUCCUAUUGAUAUACCAACUAAUUUAAUAGAAAAUUUAAUAUCAACACAUUGUGUUUUAUGGGGUCUAUGCUAUGCAUUUAAACGACAGAUAUAUUACAGCCAAUAUAGGAACUUUAAUACAAAGAUUAGAAAUGAAAUUGCUAUUAUUAUUCUUCUAAUUUCAAUUACUUUGCCCUCUUGGAAUCUUGUUAGUGGUGGUAUAGCUGAUACCGUUAUUAAAUAUUUAGUUGGAAUUGAAUCUGAUUAUGUAAGAGUAUUUUCAGAAAUAAUAAAAUUUGAUAGAACUGAUGAAAAUUUAUACUUUGAAAAAGUUUUACUAUUAAUUAUUACAAAUUUAGCAGAAGUUGAUGCUUGUAUUUAUUUAAUGGUAAGAAGAAAGCUGAUGGAAACUAUUCUUCAAAUUAUUAAUCCAAGCAUUAAGGAAAUAAAAAACACCUGGACUGCAUCUCAAUUUUGGGAUUUAUGGAUGCAUGCUAUGAAUGCCUUGUCCAUAUUGGCACCAAAAAUACCAGAACAAUUUGUGAAAUAUAAUGGUGUCAUUAGAUUGUGUCAAGUAUUAGAAUGGUGUUUAAAUACAAAAUUUAAUAUAAAGAUAAUUAUAACUUGUAUGAAUACAAUUUGCAUAAUUAUACUAAGUGACGAUAAAUAUUUACAAAAUUACUUUCGAGAGUAUGGGAGUAUACUAUUAUUAAUUAAACUUAUUAUGUAUAUUUUGAAAUUUGACAAAAUUAAAAUGAAAGAGCAAAGAAUUUUAACAUUGGCAUUAAUAUCAAUUGAAAGACUUAUGAGAAAACAAGUAUUGUAUCAAAAAAUGUAUCAAGAUUACAGUGUUACAUUUAUUAUGGAACUAUUAUUUCGUUGUGUAUAUCAAAAAGAUCAAGAAUUUGAACUAGAUCAACGUCUUUUGCUAGCAAUAGGUUCAUACAUUUGGGAGUGUAUAAUAUGGCAUCCUGAAAGCCUAGAAAAAUUCAUUCAAUAUGGAGGUGUUUAUAUUAUUCUUGAUGUUAUUGAAAUUGUUCCAUAUUGUUCUCGCUGCUUAUUUCUUGCUCUUUUUACCGAUAUAUGCGAUAAUUCUUUUUGUGGAUCAUUUCUAUGUACAUGGAAAGGAAUUGAUAAAAGAACAGGAUUAAUGUCCUUAUUAGCCAAAUUAUGGAGAGAAGAAGAAAUACGAAUUAAAGUUAAAAGAAAUGAGGAUGGCACUGUCAAAGAUGAAGAAUUGCCUCAAAUGGGUAACAAGCAGUGGGUAGAUACAUAUUGCAUGAAGUUAUUUAGAGACAACAGUCCUGCAGUAAUAGAUAUGAUUGGCUCAAUUAGAUCAAAAAUAUAUAGUAUUUGCAAGAUAAUUGAAAGAGAUGGUGAACGAUAUGAUAUGGCUAAGGAACGAUAUAAAGUAUUACAUGCUAGUCUUUCAAUAGAAGAUAGAAUUACAAUAUCUACCAUACAAUUGUAUUUCACAUUGAAAUUAGGUCAGGUAUGGGUAGAAGUUGCUAAGUAUUUUGAACAAGUUGGUAUUACUCCACUUGGCAUGGAUGGGCAAGCACUUUUUUUAAUGAUCCAGCGGUAUUAUUUAUGGGGUUCAUUAAUAAAAGAAAGACAAGCCAGAAUAAAACAAUCUAUAAAAAGAGAGGAAGACAUAAAAGAAAAGGAUGAAUAUGCAAGAAUUCGUGAUUCUAAACUUAUUCUAGCAUUAGAUGCAUUUGAUGAAUUAGAUUACAUAUAUAGAACAACAGAUAAAUCAUACAUGUUAAAGAAAAAGUAUGAACAAAUACAACAAGUUAAUUUAGCACUAAAGUUUCCAUAUGACACAGAUGAUACACACUGCCAUAGGACAUUUCAAGAUAAAAUAAUGGUCACGGCUAUAUUUAAUCAACAUCAAACAAUAAGCACUGGUUUGAAAUCAAACACAAAUUUAAGUCAAAUGAAAAUGAAAUUUCUUCCUGUUUCACCCUGUGAUUCCUACAUGUCUGACAAGACAUAUUCUGAAUUAUCGCAAGUUUCUUUAUCAAGUGCUUGCUUUUCCCAAAUAGUAAAAUUUGUAGAAAAUGAAGAAUAG